CGGGACCUGGUCCUUUAAAUCUGUGUCAGUUUCCCCUGACGUCAGCGGGCGGGCCAGCAGCCCUGCUGUUUAUCGCCCAGCGGCGCAGCUCACUUUCCAGUGUUUGUGCGUCGGGGCGGCGCGUCCGCCCGCCCUUAAAGGGCCCGCACCUCGGAAAACUCGCAGCCCAGCACGGCGUCGGGUCGCUACCACCUAUCGCGCCCCUCACCCCGCGACUCGCCUCCCUCAGCGGCCAGCCCCCGCCGCCUGCUCUUCCUCCCUCCCCUUUCCCGGCGUCUCCGGGCUCCCGGCAACCAGCCGCCCUCCUCCUCACCGCCGCCCUGGCCCGGGGCUCCAGGGUCUCAGGCCGUACUCAGCCCCUCGCGAGCUGGGACCCCUGCCCAUAGCCCGCAUCCCCUCCCUCCCCGCCCCCUCCCGGCCGCCCCCUCCCCUGCGGGGACCCUGGGAGCCUCUCCGCGGCUCUUGGGAGGGGACAUUUCCUAAUCUCAGGCCAGGGUUAAAGUUCUGGUCCUGGUGAGAUGCUGGAAGCUGCGGCCGCAGCCGCAACCCGUCCCGGAGGUGUCCUGUCGCCUGUCGCCUUCGCCGCCUCCACCACCGCUGCCACUGCCGCCCUGCCGGGGCCAUGUUCGCUCUGGGCUUGCCCUUCUUGGUGUUCUUGGUGGCCUCGGUCGAGAGCUAUCUGGGGGUUCUGGGGCCCAAGAACGUCUCGCAGAAAGACGCCGAGUUUGAGCGCACCUACGUGGACGAGGUCAACAGCGAGCUGGUCAACAUCUACACCUUCAACCAUACUGUGACCCGCAACCGGACAGAGGGCGUGCGUGUGUCCGUGAACGUCCUGAACAAGCAGAAGGGGGCGCCUUUGCUGUUUGUGGUCCGCCAGAAGGAGGCUGUGGUGUCCUUCCAGGUGCCCCUAAUCCUGCGAGGGAUGUUUCAGCGCAAGUACCUCUACCAAAAAGUGGAACGAACCCUGUGUCAGCCCCCCACCAAGAAUGAGUCAGAGAUUCAGUUCUUCUACGUGGAUGUGUCCACCCUGUCACCAGUCAACACCACGUACCAGCUCCGGGUCAGCCGCAUGGACGAUUUUGUGCUCAGGACCGGGGAGCAGUUCAGCUUCAAUACUACAGCAGCACAGCCCCAGUACUUCAAGUAUGAGUUCCCUGAAGGCGUGGACUCGGUAAUUGUCAAGGUGACCUCCAACAAGGCCUUCCCCUGCUCAGUCAUCUCCAUCCAGGAUGUGCUGUGUCCUGUCUAUGACCUGGACAACAACGUAGCCUUCAUCGGAAUGUACCAGACGAUGACUAAGAAGGCGGCCAUCACAGUACAGCGCAAAGACUUCCCCAGCAACAGCUUUUAUGUGGUGGUGGUGGUGAAGACCGAAGACCAAGCGUGCGGGGGCUCCCUGCCUUUCUACCCCUUCGUAGAAGAUGAACCGGUCGAUCAAGGGCACCGCCAGAAAACCCUGUCAGUGCUGGUGUCUCAAGCAGUCACAUCUGAGGCCUACGUCAGUGGGAUGCUCUUUUGCCUGGGUAUAUUUCUCUCCUUUUACCUGCUGACCGUCCUCCUGGCCUGCUGGGAGAACUGGAGGCAGAAGAAGAAGACCCUGCUGGUGGCCAUUGACCGAGCCUGCCCAGAAAGCGGUCACCCUCGAGUCCUGGCUGAUUCUUUUCCUGGCAGUUCCCCUUAUGAGGGUUACAGCUAUGGCUCCUUUGAGAAUGUUUCCGGAUCUACGGAUGGUCUGGUUGACAGCGCUGGCGCUGGGGACCUCUCUUAUGGUUACCAGGGCCGCUCCUUUGAACCUGUGGGUACUCGGCCCCGAGUGGACUCCAUGAGCUCUGUGGAGGAGGAUGACUAUGACACAUUGACCGACAUCGAUUCCGAUAAGAAUGUCAUUCGCACCAAGCAAUACCUCUAUGUGGCCGACCUGGCACGGAAGGACAAGCGUGUUCUGCGGAAAAAGUACCAGAUCUACUUCUGGAACAUCGCCACCAUUGCUGUCUUCUAUGCCCUUCCUGUGGUGCAGCUGGUGAUCACCUACCAGACGGUGGUGAAUGUCACAGGGAAUCAGGACAUCUGCUACUACAACUUCCUCUGCGCCCACCCGCUGGGCAACCUCAGCGCCUUCAACAACAUCCUCAGCAACCUGGGGUACAUCCUGCUGGGGCUGCUUUUCCUGCUCAUCAUCCUGCAGCGGGAGAUCAACCACAACCGGGCCCUGCUGCGCAACGACCUCUAUGCCCUGGAAUGUGGGAUCCCCAAACACUUUGGGCUGUUCUACGCCAUGGGCACAGCCCUGAUGAUGGAGGGGCUGCUCAGUGCUUGCUAUCACGUGUGCCCCAACUAUACCAAUUUCCAGUUCGACACAUCGUUCAUGUACAUGAUCGCCGGACUCUGCAUGCUGAAGCUCUACCAGAAGCGGCACCCGGACAUCAACGCCAGUGCCUACAGUGCCUACGCCUGCCUGGCCAUCGUCAUCUUCUUCUCUGUGCUGGGCGUGGUCUUUGGCAAAGGGAACACGGCGUUCUGGAUUGUCUUCUCCAUCAUUCACAUCAUUGCCACCCUGCUCCUCAGCACGCAGCUCUAUUACAUGGGCCGCUGGAAACUGGACUCGGGGAUCUUCCGCCGCAUCCUCCACGUGCUCUACACAGACUGCAUCCGGCAGUGCAGCGGGCCGCUCUACGUGGACCGCAUGGUGCUGCUGGUCAUGGGCAACGUCAUCAACUGGUCACUGGCUGCCUAUGGGCUCAUCAUGCGCCCCAACGAUUUCGCCUCCUACUUGUUGGCCAUUGGUAUCUGCAACCUGCUUCUUUACUUCGCCUUCUACAUUAUCAUGAAGCUCCGGAGUGGGGAAAGGAUCAAGCUCAUCCCCCUGCUCUGCAUCGUCUGCACCUCCGUGGUCUGGGGCUUCGCACUCUUCUUCUUCUUCCAGGGACUUAGCACCUGGCAGAAAACCCCUGCGGAGUCAAGGGAGCACAACCGGGACUGCAUCCUCCUCGACUUCUUUGACGACCACGACAUCUGGCACUUCCUCUCCUCCAUCGCCAUGUUCGGGUCCUUCCUGGUAAGCGGGCCUCUCGGCCAAGCCGGGUGGGUGCGUGAAGGUAGCAGCUGCCUCCUUCUCUGUGGCUGAUCUGGCGUCCACCCCCCAGGUGUUGCUGACACUGGAUGACGACCUGGACACUGUGCAGCGGGACAAGAUCUAUGUCUUCUAGCAGGAGCUGGGCCCUUCGCUUCACCUCAGGGGGCCCUGAGCCCCUUUAUGUCACAGACCGGGCACUCUGUCGUGCUGUGGCGAUGAGUCCCAGCACCGCUGCCCAGCACUGGAUGGCAGCAGGACAGCCAGGUCUAGCCUAGGCUUGGCCUGGGACAGUCAUGGGGUGGCAUGGAGCCUUGCAGCUGUCCUCUGCCAAGGAGGAGGCCUGCUCCCCUGGAACCCCCGGACAUUGGCCAAAUUGCUGCUUUCUUCUCAGUGUUGGGGCCUUCCAUGGGCCCCCGUCCUUUGGCUCUCCAUUUGUCCCUCUGCAAGAGGAAGGAUGGAAGGAACACCCUCCCCAUUUCAUGCCUUGCAUUUUGCCCGUCCUCCUCCCCACAAUGCCCCAGCCUGGGACCUAAGGCCCCUUUUUCCUCCCAUACUCCCGCUUCAGGGCCUAGUCUGGGGCCUGAAUCUCUGUCCUGUAUCAGGGCCCCAGUUCUCUUUGGGGCUGUCCCUGGCUGUCAUCACUGCCCAUUCCAGUCAGCCAGGAUGGAUGGGGGUAUGAGAUUUUGGGGGUUGGCCAGCUGGUGCCAGACUUUUGGUGCUAAGGCCUGCAAGGGGCCCGGGGCGGUGAGUACUGUCUUCCCUCUGACCUGUGCUCAGGGCUGGCUCUUUAGCAAUGCGGUCAGCCCAAUUUGAGAACAGCCUUCUGAUUCAAGAGGCUGAGUUCAGAGGUCACCUCCUCGUCCCAUCAGCCCCCAGACUGAUGCCAGCACCAGGACUGGAGGGAGAAGCACCUCACCUCUUCCCUUCCUUCUUUCCAGGCCCUUAGUCCUGCCAAGCCCCAGCUGGGGGCCUUCCAGUGCCAUUGACGCUGCCCAAGAAUGUCCAGAGGCAAAGGAGGGACGGUACAGAGUUCAGCUCGUGCCGCCUCCACAGCCGCGGGCGCCCCAGUGCCUGCCUUAGAAAGGGGCUUCAGGAAGGGAUGCGCUGUUUCCCUGUACGUGCUCAGUCCUAGCCUCGUUCUAGGACCCAGGGCUGGCUUCUGAGUUUCCGUCCAGUCUUCAGCCAAGUUCUGUUAGUCACGCACACACAUGCCUACGAAACCUUGGAGUUUACACUGAGUUGCCCCAGCUCUGGGCGCCCUGGCCACCCUGGUCCUUGGAGCCCCUUCGUCCCACCUGGUCCGCUCCAGAUGCCAAGGAUGGGGGAGCUCAGGUGGGGCCUCUGCCUUGGGGAUGGGAAUGUGUUUUAUUCUCCCCAACUUGUUUUUAUAGCUCUGCGUGGGCUGGGAGAUGAAGUGGGUCUGGAUCUUUUCUCAGAGCGUUUCCAUUCUAUGGUUGCAUUUCCGUUUUCUAUGAAUGAGUUUGCAUUCAAUAAACAACCAGACUC